AUGUGCUCUGGCUCUUUAUCCUUGCAGUGGCUCUACAAGCACCUGCGCUUCGAAAGGCCACUCUUGGACACUAAGAAGCUUCAGUCUCAGCUGUCAUCCUCUACAGCCCUCGACAAGAAGCCCACCACCAUGGAAAGACUUGAUAAGUACAAGCCUUCCAACAAGGACGAUCAAACAGUCAGUAUUCUGCGCUCGUUCUACACCCACCUACCGAACGACGGUAGGACCAACUUCAUCCUCGAUCUGGAGCCUCUGCAAACAGACGAGGAACUUCACGACUACGCGGAGUCCCUGGUAAACGGCUUCCUGAUCCCCAUGCGUUCUGAAACCAUCAGAACCCCAUUUGUGACGGCGCAGCAAGCCGCGCUCAAAGCCAAAUGUCUCGAUCGUGACGGGUCACGAUGUGUGCUCAGCAAGACGCGGGAUAAAAAGGAUUAUCCGCACGACAAGCCAAAUACCAACAAGGACACAUUCGGAGACCUCGAAUGCGUCUCUGUAAUCCCCUUUUCUUUGGCAGAAUGCAACGAUGAGACCGAGUCCGAGGGCCUAGCCAAAGAGCUGACUUGGACAAGGCUUGAGCGAUUCUUCCCUGCUCUUAUUGCUCGGGCCAAAUUCACCCGCAAGUCAAUCUACGAGACUCGUAAUGCAUUGACGCUUGAGCGGGGGCUUUAUGUGCAGUUCGGUAGUUUCGCUUGUACGCUGGAGCCGACGGAUGAUCGGCAUUCGUACUGUCUUCUUUGGCGGAAAUUUGAGGCCGGAGGGGACAGGGCGUCGUGGGGAAGUUCGCUUCGGUUGCUGAUGAUGAGAUGUCAUCGUGGUCGGCAUAAGCUUCCGACGCCGGAGCUGCUGGAGAUUCAUUCUGCCGUUGCUCAUAUUUUUCAUGAGCCAGGGGUCAGGCCUUAUGUUGAGAGGGCUUUGGAUGAUCUGAGAAAGACUGAGGGGCUGGCAGAGAGUGGUAGCACGAACAUUUCGUCCUUGUUGGCUAUCACUUCCCUUGGUGCUUUUAGUUCGAGGGCUGGGGGUAUUGAGAAGGUUCGGGCAAAACUCGAGCCUUUGGAAGAAGAGGAGGAGAAUCUGGGCUAG